CAUCUGGGUAUAAAAAGCCAUCACCUGUCUACAUUUUCUUCACUCUUGAUUUGCUUCAGUAAGUGGGAGCACUUUGAAUAGUUCAUAACAGCAAAAUGAGCUAUGCACAUUAUCAAACGGGCUCUGGUAGUAGAACUGCUAGAAGAACUUUGGAGUUUGGGAAGACCCAUGUGGUGAGGCCCAAAGGAAAACACCAAGCUACUAUAGUUUGGCUGCAUGGCCUUGGUGAUAAUGGUUUGAGUUCAUAUCAGCUCCUGGAAUCUCUUCCACUUCCAAAUAUAAAAUGGAUUUGCCCAACUGCUCCUAUCCGCCCUGUGGCAAUACUUGGUGGUUUUUGUUGCACUGCAUGGUUUGAUAUGGGAGAGCUUUCAGAAGAUGGUCCAGAUGAUUGGGAGGGCUUAGAUGCCUCAGCAGCACAUAUUGCCAACUUGCUGUCAACAGAACCACCUGAUGUGAAAGUUGGAAUUGGAGGCUUCAGUAUGGGUGCUGCAACAGCUCUAUACUCUGCAACUUGUUUUGCCAUGGGAAGGUGUGGAAAUGGCAUCCCCUACCAUAUCAACUUAAGAGCAGUUAUUGGACUAAGUGGCUGGCUUCCAGGAUCAAGGAGCUUGAGGAACAAGAUUGAAGCGUCAAACGAAGCAAGGCGGCGAGCAGCUUCAUUACCCAUUUUGUUGAGUCAUGGAAUCAGUGAUGAUGUAGUCCUCUACAAAUAUGGAGAGAAAUCAGCCCAAUCCUUAAGUUCAGCAGGGUUCCAAUACAUUACAUUCAAAUCCUAUGAUGGCCUUGGUCAUUAUACGGUUCCAAGAGAGAUGGGUGAGGUCUCCAAUUGGCUGCGCACAAGUCUGGGGCUUGAGGGGGCUUGAGGAGUCCUCAUAAAUAACAUAUCUGUCAGACCAGAGUAUCUUAUAGGUGUGUGAAACAAUAACUGUGAAGGUGGAGAUGGACAUGAACAAGUUGCUAGAUCAUGGAACGGUUCACGGCUAAAUAGAAUAUGGUGUGGGAGAAUUAGUUUUCUGGGUCCUUUUUGUCAGGUUGCUAAGAAAUAAAGAUCUGGAUAUGGUUUUCAAGUA